AUCUUAAUUACGAAAUGUUAUACUUGUUUUUCACAACGUUGGUCGCCGUCGGGGCUGUGGAGAGGAAUGCGAGUUGUCCUUUUGUGAGCCCUACGGAGCUGGAUUUGAAAGAAUUAGAUGGCAAAUGGUAUCUAGCAGGUGUGGCAACUGACCUGAAUAUCGACGGUGACUGCGCUAUGGUGGUGUUCAACCACAAAAGUAUUAACACCACAGAUAUCUCUAUCAGUUGGGUGGUAAACAACACUGUUAGCUUCUAUAACGGUUCUGUGGCUCUCACUGUCGACAGCGGCAGCGGGGGUGAUCUACUCUUUGUCACCUAUACUGAUAAAAAAUCCCAGAAAUAUUCAGUAUUGGGUGUGAACUACGAACAUUACGCUGUGAUACUUGGAUGUAAUGAUGCUCCCGAAGGAAAUAGCAGCACAUAUGAGCUUUGGAAGCUAACAAGAAUGCCACACGUUAAAGCUAUGGAUGCGAACAAAAUAUCUCUGGCGAUUGCCAAGUACAAUCUCCAGGACACACCCUUCAUGAACUUCAACAAUACUGAAGACUCCUGUAGGAUCAACGCCGGAAGCAACUUGUAUCCUGCGUCCUUGAUACUGACGACAUUGGGAGCGGUAUCCUUGUUCAGAAGACCGUAUGUAUAGGAACUGUAUCCCUACCUACGGAGUGGCCCCCUAAAUCCCUUAUCUAUCAAUAUAUUUUACCAGUGGGAGGCUCCUUUGCACCGGAUGCCGGCUAGAUUAUGGGUACCACAACGGCGCCUAUUUCUGCCGUGAAGCAUUAUGUGUAAGCAUUACUGUGUUUGGUCUGAAGGGCGCCGUAGCUAGUGAAAUUACUGGGCAAAUGAGACUUAACAUCUUAGUCUCAAGGUGACGAGCGCAAUUGUGGUGCCGCUCAAAAUUUUUGAGUUUUUCAAGAAUCCUGAGCGGCACCGCAUUGUAAUGGGCAGGGCGUAUCAAUACCAUCAGCUCAAAGUCCUGCUCGUCUCAUCCCUUAUUAUCAUAAAAAAAAAAUAUAUAUAAAAGAGAAUGUAUGUUUGUAUGUUCCCUAAUAACUCCUAAACUAUUCGAUCGAUCUCAAUGAAAUCUAUUGUAAUAGAUUCGUUGAAGCUCAAGGAAGGUUUACAUAUAUAGUAUGUAUAUAUGUACGUGCUCAGUUCUGUGUGUACGCGGACGAAGUCGCAGGGAAUCAGCUAUUAAUAUUUAAAUAUUAAUGUAUUUAAUUAACUAUAAAAAAAAAAACAAUAAAAUCAUUAAUUAUUUAUGUUUAAGUAAUUUUAAUGUUGUAUGUAGGUAUGUUAUAGUUUAAGGUAUUUUUUUUAUUAAUUGAUCAUAAAUGAAGAUAAUAAUAAUGAUGUACACUGAAAAUAAAAUUAAAAUCAGACAAAUAAAUACAAAGUUACAGGAAAUUGAAAUCCCGCUGUCAUAUUUAUAAACGCAAUGUAACUAAAGUUAGUCCACGUUUAAAAUCACUUCGUCCUGUCAUAUAUCUAUAGUGACAAAGAG